AUGGCAAGCACCAACAAUGUUGAUAACAUUGAAAAAACUGCUGAUGAAACUAAACAAAAACGAAGCUGGUCACAACGGUUUGGAUUUGAUGAUAAAACAUUAUGGAAUUGGUUACAAUUGUUUUCAUCUAUGUUAGUCCCAUUUAUGAUCGGUGUGUUUACGAUAGUAACAACUCUACAACAACGUCAAACAAAUCAUCUUCAACGUUUGAGCGAUAUUGAACGAAAUGAAAAACAGCAUCUAAAUGAUUUGAAUAUUGCACAACUACAGGAAUUACAAGCAGCAGCUGAUCAACGUAAUGAAUCUGUUUUUACUACAUAUAUUAAAGAAAUGUCUGAACUGUUGGGAAAUGAAGAACAUGUUAAUAAUUCGAGAACAAAAAAAUUAAUGCGUGUUAAAACAUUAACAGCUUUGAGACAAUUAGAUGUUAAUCGAAAACUAUUUUUAAUUCAAUAUCUUUAUGAAUGGGACCUAAUUGGUCAGCGAUUAGAUGAUGAUCAACUACCAUUAAUUGAUCUGACUGGUGCUAAUCUGGGUUAUGUUAAUUUUAGUCGUAUAACUGAAAAACCACGAAUAGAUUAUGAUCCACCAAUAAGUUUAUAUUUAGCCAAUGUUUUUUUACAAAAUGCUUCAUUUGUUAAUUUAAAGCUUGGAUAUUCAGAUUUUAGUCGUUCAAAUCUUCAAGGAGCUAAUUUCUAUUAUUCACAUUUAAUGUAUGUUAAGUUUAUUGGUACACAAUUACAAAAUGCUCAUUUUAUAUUCGAUAGUGAUAGCGUAGGGCGAUUUAUCGAUUUCACUAAAGCUGAUUUAACCAAUGCAAUUAUUGAUGAAGUAGACUUAUUAUAUGCAUAUUCGUUAGAUGGUGCAAUACUGCCAAAUGGUACACAAAUUCAUGAACAUUUUAAGACUUAUUUAAUUACCAAUAGUCCAUCUGGACAAUAUUACACCAAUUGUGCCACAAAUAUUGAUACAAUAUCGUCAAAUAUUUAUGGAUGGAAAAGGGAAAUUGGUUCGACAAUAACAUUAAUUGAUAUCAUUUUAUUACAGGAUUAUUUAAAUGGUAAAAAUCCAGAACAAGGCAUGAUUGGUGAUGAAUCGGGUCAUAGUAUCAAUUGUGUGUUUUGGGGUGGUAAAUCGAAUACAACAACAAUGAAAAUGUCACGAAUUAUUCCUCUUGGACAGUAUCGUAAAUGGAUUCGUUGUGAAAUGGUAUCAUACGAGAUACGGGGCUCAUUUGCCGGUAUACAUGGCGAUCAUUGUCUGUUAGAAUUUACAUUUUUAACUGAAGAUGGAACAUCUGUGGGACCUUUUACUUUUGAUACAAUUAUUAAAUAUAAAAAUACAACGAAUUUAACACAAAUAGUUGAACUGCAUGAUUUUCCACCACGCACUCCACUUCCCAUAACGAGUGUUCGAUUAGACUUAACAAUAGAAAAAGAAAAUCAAAUUAGUGUAUACAAUUUUGGUUUUUGUGGUGGUUUUCAAUUUAUAAUGCACAAGAAAAACAUCUCCGAAUACAGACUGUGUUAA